AUGUCCAGGGCCCAGGACAUUGCCACAGCAUUGCUCGUGGCAACCGAGGAGUCGAUCGUGCCUCUCACGGCCAAACAGGUGUCGCAAGGCUCGAAGCUCUUUGGUGCCGCAAUCCUCGACAAAGCCUCGCUUUCAACAGUGCUCGCCGAGACCAACAACGAGCGAGAAUCACCAUUGCUGCACGGCGAAAUCAACUGUAUCCAGCAGUUCUUCAAACUUCCCAAAGACGGUCGGCCCGAGACCAAAGAUUGCAUUUUCUUCGCGACCCACGAGCCUUGUUCGUUGUGUCUGAGUGGCAUAACAUGGUCGGGCUUCAACGAAUUUUACUACAUGUUCACCUACGAGGACAGCAGAGAUCUCUUUGCCAUUCCUUAUGACAUUGAUAUCCUCCAAUCUGUCUAUCAGGUACCAGCCCCUGGAGACACUCCGGAGACACUAGCGGCCAGACCGUUGUACAAUCGGAAGAACAAAUUCUUCACUGCUCAAUCGUUAGCCGAUCUCAUUGAUUCGAUCGAGGACGAGUCGGUCAAGGCGAAGCUUAACAGCGAGCUUCAGCGGGUGAAGCAACUGUACGAUCGACUCAGUGCCACCUACCAGGAAGGAAAGAAGACUGGUGCCGAGUCUAGCAGCUUCUUCAAGUGA